AUGACUGAAUGUGAAAUCUUUCAAAUUCGCUCAUUUGCCGCCAGGUAUGAGGACCUCCAGAACGUUUCCAUAGCGACAGUGGAUUACGCCACCAGCAGCUGCUCCAUGAUGUCAUCGGCUGACCUGUCCAACGGGUCUGACCCAGGGACCACGGCCCCGCCUCCCAGACUUUUGCCAAAAGAUGUGUGGCCUCCGGGCCCCGAUCCAGUCCGGGACCAGGUCCAAGACCAGGUCCAAGUCCAGGUCCAGACCCACGGCCAGGACUGGGGCUCCGGCAGGGGCCAGGGGCCCGAAUCCUGGGGGGGGGGACACCGGGGACACCCCGGUCACGAGCAGAACUGGAUGCCCGGCGGGGAGCGGGGCCUUCCCGGGCCGGACCGGACCUGGAUGGAGGCCCGGGGGCAGGAUCCGGAUCCGGAUCGGGGUCAGGGCUGCUGGGAUGGGGGUCAGGAGGAGUCCUGGGCCAGGGCGAGGGACCGGGAUGUGCCGGGGGGGGCGGAGUCCGGGUGGGGCGCGGACCAGGGUCAGGAACAGACCUGGAGCUCUGCAGGGGAGCCCAGAGGAAACGUCUGGAGGCCCGGUGCGGCUUCCACAGUUCCGCCCAGCGAAGAUCAGAAACCUCUGGUGCUCCCCACCAAAAAGGAACCCCCCACCUAUCCUCCAGGAAGCCAGGAGGAGCGCUGGCAGCUCCAGAUCGUGGCCAAAGGGAGGGUCACCUGUCCUAAAUGUAAAAGUGUGAGUAGGAAGACCGUGGAGGGGCUGAAGAAACACAUGGAGAACUGCCGACUGCAACCCUUUACCUGUCAACACUGUGGGAAACAGCUCAAGUCCUCAACGGGGAUGAAGUAUCACAUCAUGGCUGACCACAGUCACCUGCCAUCAGUGGACGACGUCAAGGACCUGGAUGACCGGGCCCUCAAAGAAAAGCUGCGCAAAAUCCUGAAGAGACUGGGCAAAUUGAAAUGCUCUAAAGAGAAGUGCGGGAAGGAGGAGUCGGAGCUGGAGAAGAUGCUGCUGAGCUGCUCUCACUGUGGGAAGACCUACCGGUCCAAGGCUGGGCUGGAGUACCACCUGAAGUCCGAACACGCCCCCACCCCCCAGAAGGCGGAGGAGGACGAGGCCCUGAGGGCCGGCGGGGGGGCGGACCCGGAGAGGACGGCCAGCGGCCGGGUGCAGCGGGCCUCCGCCCAGGUGGCCAACUUCCACCUGGCCGAGAUCGCCAACAACGACCUGCCCAAGGACUGGCCCAAGCGGAAGUUCCAGUCGGACCUGUUGAAAUACGCCCGGCCGGGGCUGCCCGCCUUCAGCCAGGAGGUCCUGAGGAAGUGGAAGAACGAGGUGAAGCUGCAGAGGAAGGUCCACUGCCCCAACCAGGGUGAAUUUGAGGCCGGAAAAUACAGAUGCCUGAUCUGCAAUAAGGAGUUUAACUCCGAAAGUGGAGUUAAAUACCACAUCAACUCCGUCCACUCACAGGACUGGUUCGUGACCAACAAAAAGGCCUCCAAGAAGUUUGAGAAGUUCCUGAAGAGCCAGCCCAAAGGGGUGGUCCGUUACCAAGACGACCAGAUGGCCGCCCACCAGUACGGCCACCCCCAGCUUCAGCCCCACCCCCCCCCCCCCCCCCACCCCCUCCACCCCCCCCACCACCUCCAGCAGCCCCUGCAGCCGCUGCACCACCUCCAGCCCCAGGCCCACUUCCUCCACCCGCCCCAGGAGCCCCCGCCCCAGGAGCCCGUCCUCCACUACACCCCCCUGGAGCCUCCGUCCGGCCCCACCUGGGUGGAGGUGGAGGUGGAGGCCAUGGGGGGGCCGGAGCAGGGCCUGAUCCACGUGGACAAGGCGGAGGACGGCGAAAAGCGCCACAGAAACGCCUAA